AUGACCUAUCCGAGAGUAACAUUGGCUGGGUACAGCAUCCCUCAUCCUUCCCUUGAAUGUGUCAAUGUCCGUGUCCAGACAACCGGUGAUCCAGCUAGGGAGGUUUUGAAAGAUGCGUGUCAAGAGCUCAUGCUCAUGAACAGACAUGUGAGGAGUGUCUUUGACAAGGAUGUUUCAGAGUUUAAGGAAGAACAAGCACACUUGAAGGCUGAGGAAGAGCGGAAAAACGCUGAAGAAGAAGAGCUUAAGAAGCAGAGGGAUCUACUCGAGUCCAUGGACAUUGAAAGCAACUAA